CAUCGCCUUCCAAUUAAGGUCAGUGUUGAGCACGAAUGCCACCUCUGAAGGAGUCCGAUCGGUGCUUCGACUUGAACUAGGUUGUCUGACCACGGGCUCUCUUUUGAAGUAAACGCGGAAUCUUUUUGCCACCUGUGACUUCACUUGUUCGGGACAUCCACUUAACGUGUACUUGAGCCACAUGGGGGUGUGGGGCAAGAGGGGCCGGAUAGCGCGGCGCACAAAGGAGGCAGGCCGGGGAACGAGGGGGUACGCGUGGUGCGGAUGUUUCCUCGGCGUCGGCGGCGCGGACGUCAGAGCGUGCGUGCGAGCGAGCGAGCGAGAAAACGAGCGCCCAGCAUGCACCGCGAGGCCGUCGAGAGCUCCCGCAGCUGGUAGUGAGUCUCGCCAGUCACCACCACGCCGAGGAAGGCAGGCAGGCAGCAAUCCUCCCGUGCUCCACACAGCACAGCGCAGCACAUACAUGAUCCCAACCGGGGAGGGGGGAGACUGACUUGUCUACCUUCCAGGCGACAGAGAAAAAAUGCUGCGCGGACGUCCGUUGAGUCACCGCGGCGGCGUUUGAGUCACGAUUGUCUGUCGGUUUCCAUUUUGGAGGAUUCCUCCCUCCAUCCUCCGGGCAAUGACAACGGUCUCGGCAACCCCGCAGCAGAUGAGGGACCGGCUGCUGCAGGCCAUCGACAGUCAGAGCAAUAUAUGCAACAUGGUGGUUGUACUUGAGGUGAUUACCUGUCUUGAGAAGUAUCCUAUCACCAAAGAAGCACUUGAGGAAACCCGACUCGGAAAGCUGAUCAACGAUGUACGGAAGAAGACCAAGGACGAAGACCUCGCCAAGCGGGCCAAGAAGCUCUUGCGAAACUGGCAAAAGCUGAUUGAACCCGGGCCCGCCGUCGCCUGCGCUCCCGGCUCCACCAAUGGCAGCUCUCACCCCUGCAGGACGGAAGCCUCGCCGCCCGACAUCUCUCUGCCGGCGAAGGGAGUCCCCGAGUUGAAAGUCCGAAACGACGUUCACAACACGUACUCGCCGAAGGCCGAAAAAUCGGGUGGCCGCAAGCGCCGGGCGGAGCACAGAGACGGCGGCGUGCACCUGCCGGAGAAAAUGUCCAAAUUGCCUCCCUACGACAACUCUGCGUCCCCGCCGCCCAGCAACGGGAUCGCAGGCAGCCCGGACGCCCCGCCGGACCAGGAGGUCGUCCCGUCUCCCGACCGAUCUCGGCUAGAGCACCUUGACAAUGAGAAAAUGGGCCGGAUUCCCGUCAACGCCGUCAAGCCUCGGCCCAGCUCGCCCGCUUUGGCCAAACUCCCGAGCACUUCGUCUUUAAUCAAGGUCGCCGUCAUGCAGCAGCAGGCCAGGGCGGACGACGGCGGGGUGGGGGGCGGGCCCUAUCCCGCCAGAAGCCCCCGGGGCCUUUCCACCAGUCCGAGGAGCGCAAAGCAGGACGCCGCGAGCAAGCGCUCCGCGGCACACGCACAAAUGCCCGCGUCGCUCCCCAGCCCUUCGUCCGGCGAUUCGCCAUCGCCUCUGACCCGGCCCCCGUCCCCCUCGGCUCAAAGCGCUCACUCUUCCCAGAGGUCCUCGGCGCACUGGGCGAGCUCACCGGAGGUGCCCCCCCGUUGCCCGCCGCAAGACUUAGCCGCCAAACUGGAAUCCCCCUCGCUCUCGCCCGCUCCCCCUCGCCCGCAACACAACUCGGAAGUCCACCGGCCCGCCGCCGAAGCCGCCGCGGCUGUCUGGGAGGACGCGGACGGCUCGCUGACUUCCGCCUCGGAGCAUAAGAGGAGGAAAUACCGCUCUCGAGACUACUCUGUCAACUUGGACGGCCAGAAAAUCGAGGACCCCACGAAGCCAGUCCGGUUAAAAGAACGCAGGCUGACGUUUGACCCCGUCACGCGUCAGAUCAAGCCCCUCAUCCAUAAAGAGCCUUCUCAGUCGGAGGAAGCCCCCGCUCCCGAGCCCAGGCGGAGAACUGAGGUCGCUGCGCCGCAGGCCACGGCCACGGCGGCGGGGCCCACCCCCACCCCCAACCCUUUUCACCAGACAAACUGGAAGGAGCUGUCCAGAAACGAAAUCAUCCAGUCCUACUUGAACCUUCAGAGCAACAUGCUCACCUCGUCCGGGGUGCAGGCCCCGAGCGCACACUUUUUCAUGGCCCAGUAUCUGAAAAGGGAAGAACGGCAAGUGAAGGAGUCGAGGCAAAUGCACGUUUUGCGGGCCGAUAGCCCGGCGGCGGAGUUACCGGGCGUCGGCCGGGACGUGGAGGGCGAGGACCUGGACAGGAUACACAACCGGCACUGGCCCGGGGUCAAUGGCUGUUUGGACACCAACGACACCUGGUAUGACUGGACAGAGUGCAUAUCGUUGGACCCUCACGGGGACGAAAGCAAGCUGAAUAUCCUGCCGUACGUUUGCCUCGACUGAGGGCUCUUUUUCAGCUCCUCAUUUGUUUCUUUUUGUUUUUUGUUUUGUCCCCCCCUCGCCUGUCUCCCGACGACAUAGAUGAUAUCAUGUAGGAUCUUGUUUGGCCAAGUCCAGACCUGCUCAGCUCCCUCCUCUCUCCCGUGGCUCCUCCUCUAUCUGUGAUUGAGAUUUUGGUACCAAAAAAGAAAAAAAAAAAAAGAUGAGAAAUUAAA